CAAAGAAAGGCGUAUCCGCGUGUGUGUUCAGCGAGCGUUCAGAAUCUGCGUCACGUUCACCUGUGAGGAUGGGAGCGGGUCUGCUGUGGCUCGGCCUGGCCGGACUGUGGCAAGCGCUCGGCACGCGGGCAGCGAUCACCAUCGAUCAGGUGAGGCUGACUGUUCAUCCAGGUAAUGAAGUGGUCAGUGGCACUAAUCUGAUCCUGCGCUGUGAGGCUGAUGUCAGUCACAGCCUGUCCCGUCCACCCACGCACUCCUUCAGCUUCCUGCAUAACGGACAGGUGGUCUACUCCAAAAACAUCAGCGCCUCUGUGGUGGAGCGCACCUUCUCUCCGGCCCGCGUCUCCAACUCAGGCCAGUAUGAAUGCACUGUCCGCAUUGAAGACAAGGCCAAGACAAGUAACAGGCAGACACUGCGCAUCACAGGCCUUCAGACGCCCACGAUGAAGGUGAAGUCUGACAUCGUGUCUGAGGGGGAAGACAUCAUUGCCACAUGCAGCGCAGCAGAGGAGACGGGCACGCUGAUGUUUCUCUUCUACGAGGACAAUCAGGAGGUCAAGAGUGAAGUUAGUAACACCAACACCAUUUCGAUCACGCUGACCAUGAAGAAGCUCACUGAUAUCUAUCUGCACUGCGCCUACAUGGUUGUAAGGCACCCCACUGCAGGCUUCUCCAACAACAGCAACACCGUCAAAGUCUUUGUACGAGAUCUUAAAGAGCUCAUCCCACAGAUAAGCUUUUCACCCAGUGCGAGUGUGGUCGAGGGCGAACGGGUGGCGAUCAAAUGUGAGGUUCAGGAUCGCUCAGCUCUGGAGAUGUUUCUCACCAAAGACGGCACCAUACUUCACAGAUUUCACACAUCCUUUACAUACAGCCUCACGGUGAGAGAGGAGGAUUCUGGAGAUUAUGUGUGCAAAACCGAGAAAGGGAGCGUGCAGAAGAAGGUAGAAAAUCGACUCAGUGUAACAGCACUGUUUACAAGGCCAAUCUUGACAAUGAGCCCAUAUGAGGUUUUUGAAGGGGAAUUCUUCAAGCUGAACUGCAGCAGUUCAGUGAUCUCAAACAAGAUCAGCAAAGAAGACAUCAAGUAUGUUUUGCUUAAAGAUGGUCAACGCAUUUCUACAAAUCCCAUCUUUCGCAAAUCUGCAAGCCUGGUCAACAAUGGCAAAUAUUCUUGUUGGGCCAUGGCUAGAGGUGUUAACAAGACCAGCCUGCCACACCUUUUAAAAGCUAAAGUGCCUGUUUCAGUGCCAGUCUUGAGUGCUGUUGGUAAAGUGAUUGUUGGUCGACCUUUCAAGGUUUUGUGUGAGGCUAAGAACGGAACGCUUCCAAUAACCUACACCUUACUGAAGGACCAUACUCCAGUGGAUAGCAGAGUUGUCAAUGGAACUGAAAGAGCGAUCUUUACCAUCACCUCCAUCAGAUUUCCAGGAGAGAUCGACAGCUUCACGUGUCAGGCUUAUAACGGACCAAGGUUCAUUAGGACCAGCGACGCUUUAACAGCACCAGUCAUAGUUCCAGUCUCGGAGCCCAUGCUGAAGCCCCAGGAGACGACGGUGACCGAGGGCUCGGAUCUGGUCCUCACCUGCAGUGUCCAGGAGGGCUCUUACCCAAUCACCUUUACCUGGUACCAUAACAAGCUUCUUCUGCUCUACUCCAGACAAGAGGUCCAAUCCUCAAAAGGAAGUCACAUCGUUAAAAUGAUCACGCGAGACCAAAGAGGAGACUACCACUGCGAGGCGUCCAAUCAAGCCCUUGAAACCAAGCAGAGUAAACCGGCAAGAAUUGGAGUCAGUUUAGCGCUGUGGAAGAAGGCUCUUAUCGGAGUCCUCUGUAUCCUGCUGUUGGUGGCGAUUGUCGUAGUCCUGACAGUCUUUUUUAAGAAAACGUCACAUCCGCGCAGAAAAAGGCAAGCGACCGAGCUAUCAGUAAAACCUUCAAGACCCAAAUCAGGAGACCCCAUGAGAAUGAGCCUCACACUCGAUAUUGAAGACAACACCGUCCUCAAUGGAACUCCCUGUGUGAUGGGCAGGAAUGUGUGGAGCGAAAAUGCAUCUGGUUCAGAUUCUGACGAUCACACCGAUGAGGAGUCUGAGCUGGUUCAACCAGAGCAGGCAGAUCCCAGCAGAGAAAUUCCCAUGCCGAAAAACGCGGAGGAUGAAUACAUCAUCCAGCACACAGAAGUCCAGGUGUCGACACCAGGAGUUCCGGAGCAGGCAGAGGGCCAGGCGGCUCUGGAGUAUGUGCAACUCAACAACAGUGAACAGGAGACCCAUGACACAUAAUUUAUUCAGCUUUUCCACCGACUGAAGCUGAUUUUCCGUUACCAAGCUCAUGCUGAACAUUUUUCAUAUUGGAUUGUUUGCUGUUUUGUGAUGAUUGUGUGUCUAGAUUAAAAUCUGAGCAUCAGAUCAAGUC